AUGUCGACCCUCGGUCCACCCCCUCCGAUUUCUCCCCCGGAUCUGGACCCUGCCCCACCGCCAUCCACCACCGACGCUCCCCCCUGCUCCACUCCUCCCCCUCCCAAACCCGAGUAUCGCUGGGCCGACACCUACCUCUCCUCCACGCCGUGCAACUCCUGGGACAUCCUCGACUACCUCCGCCGCUCCGGCGACGCGGGCCCUUUCGACAAGCUCAUCCACUCGUGGGUGAAGGCUCUGACCGCGCUCGCAAAGGCGGACGGCGAUGCGACUGACGAGGAGCGGGCGAAGGCUGCAGAGCUGUAUGCCCGCUAUGAUGCGCUGGGCCCCGACAGUGCCCGCGCCCGCGAGUGGUACCGCUCCGCCUCCCGCUUCACCCCCCCGCCCCUGGUGGUGACCAACACAAUCACCUCCUCAACCAACUGCUCCGUAAACCUCACCCUCCCCGACCCCAACCCCACCCCCGCCUCCCGCACCACCCACAAACGCCGCUUCACCGCCCCACCCACGCGCAAAAAACCAAAGAAACCCAAAAAGACCGCCGCCCCGCACGCCCCUGGCCUCCCCCACCGCUUCACAACCGCCCACGCCUCGCUCGACGCCUCGCAGAAAUGGCGUCUCCCGAGCGGGAAGAACUGCGAGGACAUCCUCUACGCGCACUUGUGCAACGAGCAGACAGAGUGCGCGGCACACUCGUGGGUGGUGGACCUGCAGGACCCCGACGUCCGGGGCCUGUUUGACGAUGCGGACUGGGACGUGAUCUGCGGCAGCAUGCCGGCGUGGCCGCGGGCGGAGCGGGAAGUAGUGGACGCGCUGAUGCGGUAUGAGCAUGUUGGGAGUGCUGAGGAGCUGGCGGCGGGGCUCGAGGAGCGCGUAGGGAGGGGGGGACCGGGGGUAGGGGCAGGAGGAAGGUGGGCAGAGGAGUUGUUAUGGCAUCUUCUACCGCUGUAUGAGAACCCGGGCUUAUUCACCAACAAGUUCAACCUCGAGAACUGGUACGUGGUCAACGUAUGGUCUGCGUUCAUGGACCGUUGCAUGAUGACGCUUCCGGGGGUGCACUUGAGCCGCGGCGAAUCCAUCUCGACCUCCUCCCUAACGCGCAAGAACACGCCCACGUCCCAAGGCCACAAAUACGACGGCGUUCUCCGCUACCACGACAUGGAGAUCGGUGCUGUCGAGCACGCACGCGAGUGGGUGGGCGCAUACGGACGCAAGUGGGGCGCGGACACGAGGAAGAUCGUCAAGGUGCUGCACGACAUGUUGGUGGCUGCAGAGAUUUCCGUAGGGUGCGAGGCGGCGUUUCGGAACGUGGUGUUGGCGGGGGUGGUCACUGCUGGGCUGCACUGCCAGACGAUGCGCAUAAAGUAUGGCGGUGGGUACGUGUGCGUGGUCUCCCGCGGGCAGGAGGUGCGCAGAGUACCGACUAGCCUCAAGGACGCGGGGGAGCUGUUUGCGCUUGCGGCUGAGCUCUGGGGACUCCGUAUACUGGUCCAGCAGACAAUCGCCAUCCUCGAAGACUGCGAGGGCGCCAAGCGGAAGCGGUACUUUGAAGAGCUGAAGGACGGGGAGAAGACGUUUGUGGCAAGGCUACCGAGGCUGCGGCCGUGUAUUGAUACGGAUGACCCCGACGAGUGA